AUGGCGUGCUUUAUGAAAUUCCACAAUGCUUAUAGUGAAAUAGUCAGAAAAAACUUAUCUGUCUUUGAAACAGCCUUUGAUAAACUAAUGGCUUCAGUUAAAAUUUUGCAUCUACUGAAAUAUCCUCAAUUGAAUCAUGUAAAAGAUUUUAAGCAAACGAGUAAUGCAUACUAUAAAUUAUUUGAAAAAUUGCUUGAGAGUAUAAAACAAGAUCAAAUCAAAAUAGCAAAAGUAUCGAUUGAUGGCAAUGAAAUAAAACAAAAAAAAAUUACAAAACAAAAACGACAGUACAAAGAAGACAAAGUACAAAAUAGUCAAAAAUCACCGGCUGCCAGAGUUCUAGCCUCGCGUGAAUUUCACGAAUUACUCACUCAAUGGCUUAUCGCCGAUGAUCCAGUUGAAAUACACAGAAUUUUGUCGCCCAACUGCUGUUUCGUCAAAUCAAACAUCGUCGCGACUACUACAACGACACGUGCCAUCCUCAAUGAAACAUCAUAUGUGCCAGCGAACAUGGAAAUUGUUCUCGCACAAGCCUGCAAUCCACAAUUUGUUGAAAUACCGAAACGUCAUGCUAGCUAUGCAUCAUGGCCACAUCAUCUGCCGCUACCACUUGUGGAUGAUCUUAUUCGAGCCGGUUUUUUCUAUUCUGGCCUAAAAACGAUCGUGACAUGCUUCUAUUGCAAUGGAUCUCUACAGAAUUGGGGCGAAAAGGAUAAUCCAAUGAUUGAACACGCCCGCUGGUUUCCCCACUGUUCCUAUGUGAAGCAAUUAUGCGGUGAUGAUUUAUAUAAAAAGAUUCAGCAGUCGAAAAGAGCUGCUAAACAAACAUGUUCGAAUAUUACGCAAGAGCAAACACAGACCAAAUCUUCGGUUUCAUCAACAACUUCAAAUUCUGUUGUGUGCACUAAUGCACCAGCUAAUCAAUUACAAAUUCCUGACGAAAGUACACUGUCUCGAUUAGUGGCUGCACGACUCGAUUCUCCCGUAUCGCAACGUCUUCUGACCAAGUUUAAAUUAUCAAUUAUUAAACGAUGCUAUGAAGAUCAAUUACGUUUAAAGCAGGACGAUUUCCUGAGUGACAGCGAUCUUUACAUGGCCUGUUUGAUUCUUCAAAAACAAAUUGAAAUAAUUGAUGGUAGAAAAGAUAAUAUUAUUAUUCCAUCGAAAAGGUUGCUGGAAUUAACCGAAAAAAAUAAACGAGAAACGAUAAUGGCUCAAUUAAAUGCAACGGUCAAUGUCAACGGUUCUGACACCGAAGAAGAAGAAGAAGUGUCUGAAAUGGUUACAUCAACACCAUCAAUCGAACCAAUUGAUAUUAAAAAGGAGGAAAAACCAAGACAAAAACAAACAGAAACGAUCAAUGUUUGUGUUCUAUGUUUGACGGAUGAAAAAUGUUUGGCAUGCAUGCCAUGUGGUCAUUUGGCAACGUGUGUACCAUGCGGUCAUUCACUACACAACUGUCCUCUAUGUCGGCGAGAAAUUAAGGCUUUUAUUCGUGUUUACAUAUAA